GUUUCGGUUGAGUAGCCUCGUUUGUGUGAGAUAACACUAGAUCUUGAAACUCUGAAAGUGCUUACAAUUAAUUUUAGAAAUGGAUUUGUAUAGUUUUAUGACUUUCGAAGUUUUUUUGUUUGUGCCGUUUGUGGUUUAUUUUUUGUUUUUCAAGAAAAAUGAAGGAAGGAGUUUGUAUUCUGGACGAGAUCUCUUUUAUCCCAUCAAGUACUUCUUUGCCAAACAAGUAGUUGAAGCUGCACAAGAAAACAGUAGGAGGGACAGGGCAAAGUUAGUAGAAAAUGACAUCGAACCGGAAAUUAGCUUUUCAUCCGAAAAGGAAAUUCACUGCCAGACCUUCAAAGCAUGCGAUCAAAAAGGAAACAGUAUACAAUUAAGAUUUACCUUAAGACCAAGCAAAUUAGCAGAAGUUAUAUUAGUUUUAAAACUAGCAAAUGGCCAUCUUUAUACAUUUCCAAAUAGGCAUCAAGUACACUUAACCAGCGUGAAAGAAACUAGAUGGAAAAUAAACGGCCUAACGAUAGAAAGUUUGGAUCCCUACAGAAGAGUUAGAAUAGUUUACAAUGGACUGCUGCGAUGUUUGGGCAAAAUCGAACACGUUCAGUUUAAUUUUAUUUUUAAUUGUUGUUCGGCACCGAAGUUUUUUCCUGAAGAUUGCGAUACCAAAAUGUUAUCAGAAACUUUGGCAACAAGACCAUGGAGGGAUGCCAGCUGGAAACAAUUUCUAAGUGAUCAAAUAGAUGGUUAUGAACAAUUCGGUUCUAUGCUAGGAUUUGUGAAGGGAGAUUCAUUUCCAGAGGAGCAGGUCCUAAACUUAGCAGCUCAUAGGUCCAUAUACAGUGGCCCAGAUAAACAGUUUUCAUUAAAGAGGGACCUACAAAUAUUUUUGGCCGAAACCAAUGGCGUCUUGGUUGCUUUGACGUUGCAAUUAUUUAAAGAAGAAGAAUCACAAUUAAAUUAUGGACACAUAUUCCAUAAGAAUAAUAUCACCGUUCCAAUCACUGCCCAAGACAUCAAGAUUCAAAAGAUUGGGAAAGAUAAAAUAUUUCCAGAUCUUUUUGUUGCACGAAUAAAUACAAGAACAGAUGAAUAUAUCUGUGCUUUCAAUCUUGAUAAAUCUUCAAUUACCAAUCACGAAUAUACAAAUGGAUCAGAAAGCAUACUCAUUCCAGUCGAAACAGAAAUAAAUGUCAGUCAUGGAAAAGCACUUAUGGAUUUCCAGUAUUAUGAUCAAACAAAAGAAAUAAAAAACCAUCAUCUCAAUCUAAAGCCCAUACUAAGCGAGAAAAAAGUUGAAGAACUCCCUGAUGAUUUUGUGGCUAAUAUCAAAGAGGAUAAUGCUAAGAUUUUAGAAAUCACUGGCGGAAAAGGAAAUUCUUUAGCAUUACUGAGCUCUCUAGGCUCAAAUAAUGAAUUUCUUGUGCCAGAUGGUUUUGUAAUAACUACCAACGCCUUCAAAUAUCAGUUGGCCCAAUCUAAGCUACUACGCAAUGCUGUAGAGAAAGUGAACGAUGUUUUUUGUGGUAUUAGCGAGGGAAAAAAAGACGAAGUUUGUGCUUUAGCAGUACGUCUUUUCACCAAUGAACCAGUCCAUCCAGAAAUAGCGUCGAUUAUUGAGGAAAGCCUAGGCAAAAUGCCAAAAAAUGGUGAAAUUGAAGUAGAUAGAUGGGCAGUAAGAUCGUCAGCAGUAGGUGAAGAUUCAGAAGAACUAUCAGCCGCAGGACAAAACGAAACAAUAUUGGGUGUCGCAGAAAACAACAUCUUACGAGCAGUUUCUAAAUGUUGGGCAUCUCUUUUCACGUAUCAGAGCGUACAAUAUCGUUGGCAACAUGGUUUAGCAAUUAAAGCUGACAUGGCGGUUGUUGUACAAAGAAUGGUACCGGCAGAAGCAGCUGGAGUUUUGUUCACUUGGCACCCGACCACUUCAAACCCUUCUCAGAUGGUCAUAACUUCGAAUUUUGGUUUAGGAGAGAGUGUUGUUUCUGGAAAAUCUGAACCAGACACUUUUGUUUUAAAUCGAACAUACGAUGGGGUGGUAAGUUUGAAUCAUCAAACACUUGGAGCAAAAGAUAAGAUGAUAACUCUAGCUGAAAAUGGUGUCAAAGAAGUAAACUGCAAACAUGAGAACAGUUUUGUAUUUGUUGAUGAUGAUAACCAAGAUGCAAAGGAAAUAUUCAGUUUGAAUGAAGAACAAGUUUUAAGAUUGGGUCGAGUGGGAGUGAUGCUAGAAGAGGCAUUUGGAGGUCCAAGGGAUAUAGAGUGGGCUUUUUUCAAGAAUGACUUAUAUUUGCUCCAAUCUCGACCAAUAACUACUCUAAACGCCUGGACUGACUUUGAGCUGACGCAUGAACUUGAUACGCCUUGCUUAACAGAAAACAGUUUGUUUACCAUGGCUAAUGCUGGCGAAGUUUUUCCUGUUGCAACCAGUGCCUUGAGCAGAACUUCAACUCUAAAUAAACUAGACGAAGGAAUGCAGAGAUGUAUCUAUAGCACAGUGGAUCGGUACUUUUUCAAGGCUAUGUGCAUCUUCCACCAUCGUGUUAUGCUUGAUUGCAUAACUACAGUUUUCAAACAAUCGAGAAAUCCUACUAUUGGUAUGGAUAGCAAGGUAUUGGAUUUGGCCAUAUUUGGACAUCCAGUGGUAAAUGAGAAAAUAAGUCUGAUGGUGCGAACUAGGUUGGGACCAUUGACUUGGUGGGAGGGCUUUCAGGAAAAAUCCGCAAGAUUUAAGGAAGCUCGGAAUGUCGUUAAAAUAGCCAACGCAGCCGUCGAGUCCGCAAAAGCCUUGGAUUUUGAAAUAAAUGACGAUGACGAUGUUGAAACAAUUCAUCAAAAAAUUCUCUGCCACGAAAAUAAUCUUACUGUUCCAUUCCAAGGUCACGCCAGUACGACUGCGGCUUCAGUUUUCUGGCAAAUGGUAUGCAUGAUGGUAUUAGUGGGAAGAGAAAAAGAGCUCAACGUAGAUCAUUAUGCUGAUUUUGCCAAUAUUUUAUCAUCCUGCGAUGACGUCGAAUCAGCUGAAGUGCCUCUGUUUUUAGAGAAAAUUGCAAACAUUAUUAGAGAUGCAGGAUUUUCAGACGAAUUUUGCUCAAUCGAACAAAUAAAUGGAGUGAAUUGGCUCGAGACAAAUUGCCCAGAAGCCUAUAAAGUAUUUGAAGAAUUUUUAUCCAAGCACGGACACAGGUGUUUGGGAGAAUUUGAAAUGAUGGAAGAACCUUGGGGUAUAAAUCCAUCUCUAGUUAUUCCCAUGAUACAAGCCAAUAUUAAACACGGACACGAAACAACCAAAGAACACAAAACUAUUCGAGAAGUUGUUAGUAAUUUAGUUUCUCGUGUUAAAUUUCCAGCAACCUUUAUACUAAGGUGGGCACUAUCAUAUCUAAGAAUAGCUGUUGGAAAAAGAGAACAAUCAAAAUCGGCAGCUAUUUUAGUCAUACACAAAGCAAGAUUGGCAUAUAGGAAACUGGCUUCGAAAAUGGUAAUGGAAGGAAUUUUGCCCUCAGAAAGUCUUGUAUUUCAUUUUACCAAACAUGAAUUAGAGCAAGUGAUCAAGAGGAAAAAUCCACUACUAAUCAACAAGGCUUUAAGACGACAACGAUUGCACGAAAAUUGGAAAGAACUCAAAUUCCCCGAACUAAGUUAUGGUCUCCCUGAACCAGAAAAAGACUUUACUCCAGUAGAACUUCUGCCAGGCACAAAAUGUAUUGGCACUCCUGUUUGCACUGGUAGUGUGCAAGCAAGAGCAUGUGUCAUUACUCAUUUGGAUGAAAUAGAAACUCUAGAAAAAGGCGACAUUUUAAUUACAUACUGCACUGAUAUAGGUUGGUCUCCAUAUUUCCCGCUACUCUCUGGAGUUGUAACCGAAUUGGGAGGCUUGGUAUCACAUGGUGCUGUUGUCGCAAGAGAAUACGGAUUGCCUUGCAUAGUAGGAGUAAAAAAUGUUACGAAAAUAUUCAGGACGGGUGAUUUGGUACAUUUGAAUGGAAAAACUGGCGAAUUGGGGAAAGUGGAAUGAAAAUUGUAAUAUUUAACUUGAAAUAAAACUUUUAUCAAAU